UUAUAUAGUUUUUAAUCUGUGCUGUGACGUCAACUACUAACAUUUUUACCCAGUUCAUUUAAUUUUUGCUUAUUUAUUCAUAUUAAAAUUAAAAUAUUUUUUUUGUCAACAAACUAUAUAUUUCAUCAUGGGUGUAGAUAUAGAAACGCUCUCUCCAGGAAAUGGCUCCACUUACCCCAAACCUGGCCAGACAGUAGUAGUCCAUUAUACAGGAACUUUACAAAACGGUAAAAAGUUUGACUCAUCCCGUGAUCGUGGACAACCAUUCAAAUUCACCUUAGGCAAAGGUGAUGUUAUAAAAGGAUGGGACCAGGGAUUGGCGAAAAUGUCAGUUGGAGAGAGAGCUAGACUUACUUGCACACCAGACUUUGCUUAUGGCUCCAGAGGCCAUCCCGGUGUCAUUCCACCUAAUGCUACUUUAAUUUUUGAUGUGGAACUGUUGCGUGUUGAAUAGUUUAUAUUGUUAUUGUCUUGCCAUGUGUGUA